AUGAAGUUUGAGGAGUGGAAAGUUGUGGAGCCGAUAAUGCUGAACGAGUUGAUUGAACAUUUGCAAAAUAUGAGGGAAAAAUUACUGAAUGAUGCUGCCCUAAUGCCAACCGAUUCUUCCUAUUCGCUCAUAUCUCUGCCAGAUGAUAUCCCUCCAUCUAAGCCGAAGAAAACUGGGUUCCGUCGAUUUUCGUCCAAAGCGAGACCAUCCAAUGGUGAUCUGCAAGCUAAUCAGGAAGUUAUGUUGAUAAAUGAGUCUGGACAACAAUUGGCUGCGUUGGCUCCAAGUAAAUCUGCAUCGUUGCGGCAACUGCGUCAAAGAAACCCUGUGUCGAAAACGCUAGGUGGAGAUUCUGUAAGUUUGUGUCCAAUAAGUUUGAAGAAGAGUGAUAAUUUCUCAUUUAUCUUUUCUUAUUCAUCUUGAAU